CUACGUUGCGAUAGACGCGCCGUCUAUGCUCAACGAAUUAAAAACAAAAACGAGACGUGUUCGAAAUUUGAAAUCGACUUGUGUAAUUUGUUUCUCUAAGGUUAGUUAGUGUUGUGCUGUAAGAGAAAAAAAAGAGAAUCGAUAUUUUCAAAGGUUGAUUAAGGUUACUGCGUAUUUAAUAUUGCGUGAUUAAGGAUUUAUUUCGGGACGUGGUGAGCGUGUGAGACAAAAGUAAUCCUAUCAACCGACAAUAUAUAUAUAACACUUUUGACCUUGAAUGUACUUCGCCUCUUAUUACUUCGACUCAAGAAAAAUCGCACGUUUUUAGACUCGCACGCAAUAAGUCAUCAUCCAAUACGGUGCAGUGUGAACAAUCAGACAAAAAAACGAAACUGUUAAAAGUGAAAUGUGAUAGAAAGUGUGUGUACUGAGCUUAGUAUGUGACGUUGUCGUCCGUGUGACGACGCCCUUAUUCAGAAUCAUGGGACUACAUAAGCGUGGAAAGAAUGGUCUGCUCUCGUACGAGAACCCCAACUACCAUUUGGACCCAUCCAGACUCGAAUCCGCGAUAUACAGCGACCUCUACGACAUGCACGAGGACAAGAAUCUGCCAGACGAUUACGACGCUUAUCUCGAUAACAGAAGAGUCGAAGAUGAGCCGUCAUCGCCUGUUUCAAAAACAAAUGAAAAAAGUGGUCUCAUCACACCGACCCAAAAUGGGGGCGAAGAGUCUCCCCCGCCCGAGAAAGAGAGGGCAGAUCAAGAGGACACAGAGAAAAAUCACUCCGGCCCCGUGCCACACUCGGCUGAAGGACCCAACGAUGACUUGUACGCGAUACCUGUAAAACUCAGGCCGAAGAAGGAACCGCAGCUGCCUCCCGGAUGGGAGAAGCAUGAGGACAACGACGGCCCGUACUACUGGCACAUAAAAAGUGGCACCAUCCAGCGUGAGAUUCCCAAAAUGCCGCCAGUGGAAGCCAAGGAGACCCGCAUCUCCAUGGUGCGGGACUGUUCCAUGUCUGACGUGAAGUACGAGGGGGUGAUGACCACGUCCGUGACGAGGAGCACCACGAGUGGUGCCUUGGACAAUGUAGACCAGGAGGAGAGGAAACGGAAAGAGGAAAUGUCGUAUAAACGCCGCAGUUUCCCAGCCCGUCCAGAACCGGACUCGGUGCGAGCGGUGCGCUUCUUCGUCCGCUCGCUCGGCUGGGUCGAGAUCUCUGAAGCUGACCUGACUCCGGAGCGGUCCAGUCGCGCCGUCAACAAGUGCAUCGUGGACCUGAGUCUGGGCCGUAAUGACUUGCUGGACCAAGUCGGCCGUUGGGGUGAUGGCAAGGACCUGUUUAUGGACUUGGACGACGGAGCUUUGAAGUUGAUCGACCCGGAGAGCCUCACAACACUUCACACUCAACCCAUACACACUAUACGCGUGUGGGGAGUCGGCAGAGACAAUGGACGGGACUUCGCCUACGUGGCCCGCGACCGAGCGACCCGCAAGCACAUGUGCCACGUGUUCCGCUGCGAAGCCCCGGCCCGCACCAUCGCUAACGCAUUGCGGGACAUCUGCAAGAGGAUCAUGAUAGAGCGGUCACUGCAGCCGCCGCCGCGCCCCACGGACCUGCCGGCCGCGCGCCGACCACGGCCGCUGUCCGGUACGUUUCCGUUGCAAGGGGCAUCGUUCCCCACGCCGAUGGAGGAACCAAGGAAGACUGUUCGCGCGAGGUACCUGGGCAGUGCUGAAGUGGCCCGGGCCACGGGUAUGGACGUGCUGAAUGAUGCCCUGGACAGACUGGCCGCGGCUAGAGCCCCGUGUGCGUGGAGGCCCGUAGCUGUGGCAGUUGCGCCGUCAAUGAUCACUAUUACUGAGGAAGGGGAGACGAGCCCAAUAGUGGAAUGUCGCGUGCGCUACCUGUCGUUCCUGGGUAUCGGGCGCGACGUGCGGCGCUGCGCGUUCAUCGUGCACACGGCGCAGGACCUGUUCGUGGCGCACGCCUUCCACGCCGAGCCGUCCUCGGGCGCGCUCUGCAAGACUAUUGAGGCUGCUUGCAAACUGCGCUACCAGAAGUGCCUGGACGCGCACGGCGGCGGCGCGUGCGCGGCGGCGGCCAGCGCGGACAGCGCGCGCCCGUCGCUCGGGCUGGCGCUGCGCACGCUCGUCGGCUCGCUCACCGGCCGCCGGCCUUCCUGAACCGGGGACGACGGGACAGAGACGACCCCGCCGGCCGAAGAAUCGCCGAGUUCAAGCGCCGCGCGCGCAUAGUCUCGCAUCGCACCGCAUCGCUUGCACGACACGACACGACACAACUUUAUUCCACUGCGGGUUCAUUUGGCCAACAAUUUUUGUGCCAUAACUAUUGCACAUUUUGACCUCUAUAUGGGCUUGAUAUUUCCUAAUUAU